AUGGGUUCAUCAAAGGAAGAAUGGAACGACCCAUUUGCUGCUUUGAACGCACCUUUUGCUGGGUUGAACGAGAUGGACUUUGAACUACAUUGUAUUUCCAUGGACCAUCAACCAGAGGAUGAGUUUGUGACCACACUAGAUAAGUGUAAGGAUAAUUUCUUGAAUGUAUUACUUCAUGAUGCCAAUCUUCGUAAUGCAAGUAUUUCUGAUGAAAUGAGAGCACAAAUAUAUCAUGAAAAUGAUUGGGAAAGUGAUAAAGAUGAUGAGGAAGAAGUACAACCUACGUAUAGGGUUCAUGAUCCCAACAUCAGAUGGAACAAGAUGUAA